AUGAUAAAUGUGCCAUUAAAAAGUGAUCUUCAGAAAUACUCUAUCAAAGUCUGGAAGGUUGACGAUCCAAGCAGCGUUAAGCAUUAUGAGACAAGCCCUGAUGUCUCCAGUGGCGUGGUUCUUGAUGGUUUGGAACGUGAUACAGAAUACGCGGUGCAGGUGGCUGCUGAAUUCUACGAAGGAGAUAGCCUAUCCAGUGAACCCGUUACAGUACGUAUUCCACCUGGUGGGGUUGCAUGUGACUGCGCCCAUGCGUGUACGUUUGAAGAGCAAGAUGAUGGAACAGUAACGUCGAAAUGUUAUUGCCAUAGCGGUUUCGUACUGGCUAGCGAUCAAAAAUCAUGCGAGCCCUCCACUGAGUCUCCAACAGCAUACACGAUUGUUAGAGUAACACCACCGGCCUUCGCAACGGAAGUGCAACCGGAGGAAAUAUCGUCUACCGAUCUGAGUGCAUCGCCACUACCAACUGGACUGGACGGGAAAACCAUGGAAUUCGGCGAAACCAAAUCAUCCAUACGACCCACAGACUCAAGUGGACGGGAACUUCCAUUAGUAGUCGGACCAGACGGUGUUCCUCUUAGCGUCAAUGCUGAUGGGGAACUGGUUGAUAACAACAACAGCCCUAUUAUUAUUGAAGACGGAGAACCACGAGAUCCAUAUGGCAAUCCAUUGCCACGAAAUAAAGAAGGAGCUUGGAUAUACCCCCUCAUUGACAAAAGUGGAAAACCACUUCCUGCUGAUGAAAACAACAUGCCAAAAAUCAGUGUCGUUGCGGCCGAUGGUACUGAAAUUACUGUGGAUGAGAACGGAAAACUUAUUGCAUCAGAUGGUCGUGUGAUUCCAACUGAUGCUAUUGGGAGGCCACUCGAUGAACACGGAGAACCAUAUGAAAUCAAUGAAGACGGACAAUUCGUGGUUGAAUUGAUAGACAGUGAACCUGAGAUCGAGGAGGAGGACAGGCCGAGUAUUCCUCUACUGACAGUCGAUGGAGAGCCUCUAACUGUCGACGAAAGUGGACACUUUGUUGACUCAACGGGUGCAAUUAUUCCAACAAAUGAGGAGGGGAUACCUGUGGAUGAAUAUGGAACCCCACUAAAGAAGAAUAAGGAUGGAGAAUACAUUCUGCCAUCGAAGAAGGAUGCGACAACAUUACCACCACAUCCUACCGAUGAGAGCGGGAAUAUAAUAUACCCUAUAAGGAAACCAGACGGGUCAUUCCUUCCAACAGAUGCAACAGGAAAUUUCGUCACAGAAGACGGAGCAGUAGUAGAGAGGGACGAGGAAGGAAGACCAAUGGGACCCGGAGGAGAAGUUCUUCCAACAGAUGAUGCCGGAAAUUACAUAUAUCCUGCUCUAGGACCGGAUGGAAGCCCUCUACCAACAGAUGAACACCAACGACCCAUUCAUCCAGUCCUUGGAUCAGACGGAUCCCCUCUCCCAACAGAUGAUUCUGGCCAUCCACUCGGAGAAGACGGUAGACCGAUACCAACUGACCGCAGUGGAGUUCCUUUGGACAAGGAUGGACAACCGCUACCUACUGACAGCAGUGGACAUUACGUCACUGUGCCACGAGAGGAAGCUGCUAGCAAGGAACUACCAACAGACGAGAGCGGAAAUGUUAUCUACCCAGUGACAAAACCCGACGGGUCACCUCUGCCUACCGAUGCUUCUGGAAACUUCGUCACAGAUGAGGGAACGAUAAUCGAGAAAGAUGAGGAAGGCCGUCCCCUUGGACCAGACGGACAAGUUCUUCCCACAGACGAGACAGGAAACUUCAUCUACCCUGUGGUUGGGCCUGAUGGAAGUCCGUUACCCACUGAUGAGCACAAACGACCCAUCCAUCCGGAUGGACAACCGCUACCUACUGACAGCAGUGGACAUUACGUCACUGUGCCACGAGAGGAAGCUGCUAGCAAGGAACUACCAACAGACGAGAGCGGAAAUGUUAUCUACCCAGUGACAAAACCCGACGGGUCACCUCUGCCUACCGAUGCUUCUGGAAACUUCGUCACAGAUGAGGGAACGAUAAUCGAGAAAGAUGAGGAAGGCCGUCCCCUUGGACCAGACGGACAAGUUCUUCCCACAGACGAGACAGGAAACUUCAUCUACCCUGUGGUUGGGCCUGAUGGAAGUCCGUUACCCACUGAUGAGCACAAACGACCCAUCCAUCCGGUUCUUGGACCUGACGGAUCUCCUCUCCCAACAGAUGAUUCUGGCCAUCCACUCGGAGAAGACGGUAGACCGAUACCAACUGACCGCAGUGGAGUUCCUUUGGACAAGGAUGGACAACCGCUACCUACUGACAGCAGUGGACAUUACGUCACUGUGCCACGAGAGGAAGCUGCUAGCAAGGAACUACCAACAGACGAGAGCGGAAAUGUUAUCUACCCAGUGACAAAACCCGACGGGUCACCUCUGCCUACCGAUGCUUCUGGAAACUUCGUCACAGAUGAGGGAACGAUAAUCGAGAAAGAUGAGGAAGGCCGUCCCCUUGGACCAGACGGACAAGUUCUUCCCACAGACGAGACAGGAAACUUCAUCUACCCUGUGGUUGGGCCUGAUGGAAGUCCGUUACCCACUGAUGAGCACAAACGACCCAUCCAUCCGGUUCUUGGACCUGACGGAUCUCCUCUCCCAACAGAUGAUUCUGGCCAUCCACUCGGAGAAGACGGUAGACCGAUACCAACUGACCGCAGUGGAGUUCCUUUGGACAAGGAUGGACAACCGCUACCUACUGACAGCAGUGGACAUUACGUCACUGUGCCACGAGAGGAAGCUGCUAGCAAGGAACUACCAACAGACGAGAGCGGAAAUGUUAUCUACCCAGUGACAAAACCCGACGGAUGGGAAGGCCGCUCCCUCGCGUACUCAGACGGGCAAGUUCUUCCCACAGACGAGACAGGAAACUUCAUCUACCCUGUGGUUGGGCCUGAUGGAAGUCCGUUACCCACUGAUGAGCACAAACGACCCAUCCAUCCGGUUCUUGGACCUGACGGAUCUCCUCUCCCAACAGAUGAUUCUGGCCAUCCACUCGGAGAAGACGGUAGACCGAUACCAACUGACCGCAGUGGAGUUCCUUUGGACAAGGAUGGACAACCGCUACCUACUGACAGCAGUGGACAUUACGUCACUGUGCCACGAGAGGAAGCUGCUAGCAAGGAACUACCAACAGACGAGAGCGGAAAUGUUAUCUACCCAGUGACAAAAACCCGACGGUUAACGGACAAGUUCUUCCACAGAGAUGAGACAGGAAACUUCAUCUACCCUGUGGUUGGGCCUGAUGGAAGUCCGUUACCCACUGAUGAGCACAAACGACCCAUCCAUCCGGUUCUUGGACCUGACGGAUCUCCUCUCCCAACAGAUGAUUCUGGCCAUCCACUCGGAGAAGACGGUAGACCGAUACCAACUGACCGCAGUGGAGUUCCUUUGGACAAGGAUGGACAACCGCUACCUACUGACAGCAGUGGACAUUACGUCACUGUGCCACGAGAGGAAGCUGCUAGCAAGGAACUACCAACAGACGAGAGCGGAAAUGUUAUCUACCCAGUGACAAAACCCGACGGGUCACCUCUGCCUACCGAUGCUUCUGGAAACUUCGUCACAGAUGAGGGAACGAUCAUAGAAAAGGAUGAAGGAAGGCCGUCCUCUCGGACCAGACGGACAAAUGAGACAGGGAACUUCAUCUAUCCGGUGGUGGGACCUGAUGGGAGUCCGUUACCCACUGAUGAGCACAAACGACCCAUCCAUCCGCACAAACGACCCAUCCAUCCGGUUCUUGGACCUGACGGAUCUCCUCUCCCAACAGAUGAUUCUGGCCAUCCACUCGGAGAAGACGGUAGACCGAUACCAACUGACCGCAGUGGAGUUCCUUUGGACAAGGAUGGACAACCGCUACCUACUGACAGCAGUGGACAUUACGUCACUGUGCCACGAGAGGAAGCUGCUAGCAAGGAACUACCAACAGACGAGAGCGGAAAUUCAUUCAUUAGUUCCUUACCCGAAGAAGGCGCUCCGGAAAUCGGAAAAGUGAUUUAUAGUGCCACAACAGAAGUCACUAUAGAUAUAGGACACUACAGUGAUAAGAAGGAGUUAAUGGCAUCAUUUGAUGAAAUAAGGGAAGUAGGAGGUGUCCCUGAUGCCAAGCUUGCUCUAGAAAUUGUUCAGCAACUUUUGUUGGAAAGAGAACGUGGUGCAACUGUUGUCCUUCACUUCCAUAUAACUCCCUUGAGGAGAAAGGACAAACUAGCGGCUGAUGAUUUGCGAAAGAGUGGUGUGAAACUUGUUCAUCUCAAUGAAAAAACUUCGUCACGACUAGAUCCUUCCGCCCUUCGUAGAUUCGUAUGCUUAAAAAGCACAGGUAUGCAGCUUUUUAUGACUUCGAGCUUACAUGAAAAAACCGAUGCAUACAUUCUUUCCAUUCUUUAG